UUAGCUUACAACCUUUGGUAGCAAUACUAAUUCCUCAAGUUCAUUCCAAAUGCCUAUCAUGCCAUACAAAGCUGUGAAUCUAGGAAACUGGCUGGUUGUGGAGGGAUGGAUGCAAGAGCCCUCUCUCUUUGACGGAAUUGUCAACAAAGAUCUCUUGGAUGGAACUCAAGUGCAACUUAAGUCCACAAAGUUUAACAAGUAUCUCGCUUCUGAAGAUGGGGGUGGAACUACAGUUGUGGCCAACCGUGAUGUAGCUUCUGGUUGGGAAACAUUCAAGCUGUGGAGGGUCAGUGACUCAUCCUUCAAUUUAAGAGUAUUCAACAAGCAAUUUGUGGGGCUGGAAAAUCAAGGCAGUGGAAACAAAAUUGUGGCAGUUUCAAACUCACCUAGCAAACCAGAAACAUUUGAGAUUGUAAGGAAUAGUGAUGACCCCUUCAAAGUUCGAAUCAAAGCAUCAAAUGGUCUGUUUUUACAGGUUCAAUCGGAGACAUCAGUGACUGCAAAUUAUGUAGGCACAAAUUGGAAUGAAAGUGACCCAUCAGUCUUUCGUAUGAAUAUUGUACCAAACACCACCUUACAAGGAGAGUACCAGCUUACUAAUGGUUAUGGUCCUGAUAGAGCUCCUCAAGUCAUGAGGGAUCACUGGAGUACAUACAUAACUGAAGAUGAUUUCAGAUUCAUGUCAGAGAAUGGCUUAAAUGCUGUGAGAAUACCUGUUGGAUGGUGGAUAGCUAAAGAUCCAAACCCGCCAAAGCCUUUUGUUGGAGGAUCAUUGGCAGCAUUGGACAAUGCUUUCAUUUGGGCACAAAACCAUGGGAUUCAUGUGAUCAUAGACUUGCAUGCAGCUGAAGGUUCACAAAAUGGCAAUGACCACAGUGGCACAAGAGAUGGCUAUACAGAAUGGGGAGAUCCAUACAUACCAAACACGGUCCAAGUCAUAGACUUCUUAGCAGAAAGAUAUGGUAACAGACCAAACUUAGGAGGAAUAGAGCUGUUGAAUGAGCCACGAGGUGUGAAUCUAGAGAGCCUAAAGAAAUAUUACAAGCAAGCUUAUGAUGCUGUGAGGAAGCACAACCCAAAUGCUUAUGUGAUCAUGUCAAACCCAUUGGAUGCAGAUUCUAAAGUGCUUCUCUCAUUUGUGGAAGGCUUCGACAAUGUAGUCAUUGAUGUGCAUUACUACAAUCUUUUUUGGAGUAAUUUCAACAACAUGAAUGUUCAGCAAAAUAUUGACUUCAUAAGAAAUGAUCGAGCCUCUGAUCUUAGCGGCGUCUCUUCCACAAAAGCUCUUAGUUUUGUAGGAGAGUGGACUGGUGAGUGGAGCAUAAAUGGUGCGACCAAAGAAGAUUAUCAAAAUUAUGCCAAAGCACAAUUGGAUGUGUAUUCUCGUGCAACUUUUGGAUGGGCCUAUUGGGCCUACAAGUGUAAGUUCGGCCAUUGGAGCCUCAAGUGGAUGAUUGAAAAUGGUUACAUAAAUUUGAUACCUGAACUGGAUCCUGCUAUUAAGGCAUAUUUGGAUGUGAAGCUAACACCUUGCAUACAAAAAAUGGAUGCAAUGGCUGCUUCCAUUGAACGAAUAGAGAGUAUGUUGAAGACUUUGCUUGAAGAACAACAAAAGCAAUAAUCAAGCCAACACUUUUAAAUAGGGUAUAAAUGGGUCAAAUUAUUCAUCAACUAUUGCUCUUAGUUCAUCAAUUACUUAUUAUAUGUAUGUGUGCCCUUUUAAUAAUGUUGUGAAUUGUGUUGUGAGUUUGUACAUGGACUUGUGUGAUAUUUAUUUUAUGAAAACAGAUUUAUAUAAUUUACUAGCAACUUACAAACACUCAUAAUUGUGGUUGGGUUGUGCUUUUCUUUUAUUAUUAAUAUUGUGGAUAUUUUAUAUA